AUGUCAUUUGCUGAAAAUUUUUGGACCCAAGAUUAUCACCUGGGGUUUGAAACAUUAUUUUUCCAGCUAAAUGAAGGUAUUAGGGAAAAUGAUGAUUUUGUCAAUUUGUUCAGAAAGAGAAUGGAGCUGGAGUUGCUAUACGGUACCUCAUUGCAUAACAUAGCUUUAGAGAUUAAGCCUACCAGUAAACGCCAAACCAACGACGAUUUUGUGUCGACUAUCAAAAAUGCAUACAGUGAAUUAAUUGAGAAUUUCACCAAGGAAAGUCGGUUUCAUUUGGAGAUUGCUGAGAAUAUCGAAAAUCUGGUGUUGAAACCGUUUGAGAAAUGGUGUGGCGAGCAUGAACAAAGAAUAGCCUAUUCCCAAACAACCGUCUCUGACGAAUAUAAGAAGUUGAAGUAUCUGCAAAACCAAGUUGAAAAAUUGCAAAAAAGGUAUUUCAACAAGUGUAGAAUGUUGGAGGAAUUCAGAAAUCAUCAUUCAGAGCAAGAGCUACAGGAGGAAUUAAGCGAUUUGGAAUUUCAAAAGAGAAUUAGCCAGCAGCAGAAAAAUGGUCUCGAGGAAGAAGGUGAAGAUGGAGUAGACGACGACAAUGGAGGAACAGGAAAAGGAAGUAGUGGCGGAGCUGAAUUCUCCCACGCCAAGCUCAACUCUAAACAAACAGAAGAGAUGUUGAGACAAAUGUUGACUGGUAUCACCCAAUUUGCUCAUAAAGUUCCAAUACUCGGCACCUAUCAAAAUGUAUCAACAGGUAGUGCAAUAACUCAAUGGGCACUAGAUAACAUACCCGAGCUAAAUAACAAUUUAGAGAGAGCCGAGUGUUUUGGCCAAGAUCUUAUCAAGAAUGAGUUUCUCAAAAUUAUUGGCACGAUGGGUAAGCUGUUUAUCAACUCUUCCCAGUUUUGCUAUCAGUGGAAGCCAAAAGCUUUUGAAAUUGCAAAAUUGGCACCUGACUAUCAAACAGACUCGACUGCUACUUUUGGGAAGGGGCUUGGCCAGUUCAACUUUGAUGAUGUCAAGGAAGCAAUUGGCGUAAGCAGUGUAGAUUACACCGAUAAAUCACAAUAUCCGAAACUUUUGAAUGAAGUGUCUUCACUAGACGCACAAUACUACACCAAAGUGGUAGAGUUGGAUAUCAAGAGGUGCAAGUUUGAAGAGUUGGUAAUGGAUCACUUGACAUUUAUGCAAAAAUGUGAAUUGGAUAGACUAAAAGCGAUUAAAAAGGCUACUUUUGACUUUAUUGGUAACUUUCAUAGUAGAAUAAACAUCAUGCAAGACAUCUCCGGUGAAUUGCAACUUUUGGAGGAGACUAUCAAUCCAAAGAAUGAUCUCAAGUUCCUUAUUGAGAAUUAUGCAACCGGUAAUUUCAAGCCUCAGGUGACCUUGUAUGACAAUUACUACGAUUCCAAUAUCAGACAAACAUUUGGAGUAGAUUUAAACGUUAAAUCAAGAAUCGAUAAAAAAGUGGUACCCAUUUUGAUUCAGUGUAUCCUUAGUCACUUAGACCACGUCUACCCAGAAUUGAAAGAUGACGAGGAAAGAAUCAAUAUUUGGACCCAACCGAUCCACCUUUCGAAUGUUCACAAACUAAGAUUACAAUUGAAUGAUCAAAAUGACCCUCACAAAAUCAAUGAACUUCUCACUCAGUCAAAUCCAUCAGUUGUCACAAAUGUGCUCAAACUAUAUUUUAUGGAGUUGCCUGAUUCUAUUAUACCCCAUAACUUUUACGACGUUAUUAAGUUGCUUUAUUCAAAGUACCAGGACGACUCCCAAAGAGAGUCCCGAAUAAACGGUUUACGCAAUGUUUUAGCAGAGACUCCAAAGUGUAAUUUGGCUACUUUAGAUGCAUUGUUAACCCAUUUGAAAAGACUUGUGCAAAUAAUUGGAUCUAAAGACAAGGAAGCUGCCAGGAAUUUGCAGCAAGGUCUUUGUAAUGAAUUUGGAAAAUUAGUAUUGAGACCAAGAAUAACAACAGAUUUGUACUCAGAUCAUAGCAGCCAAAGGCAGUAUCUCAAUGACAAACACCCCGUCAAUAUCAUGCAGGACUUGUUCAGGUAUAAAGAUUCCAUAUUUAAUGAGUUGAAACGUAAAAGUUCAAGACAUAUUCAAAAUGGUAGUGGUGGAAGUAGCAAGGGCGUAACUCGCGAAUCUUCAACAACUGCUGCUGCUGCUUCUUCUUCUUCUUCAAAUGUAUCUGUGGCUACAUCAAGUGAAGAACUAGCAGCCAAAUACAAAUCGAGAUUGGAAUCUAGAUUGAAGCAAGUGGUUCAAAAGAAAGAUCAAAUAGCUUCAACAACUCCUUCACCCACUAAUGAAGUACUAGUUAAAAGUAGAAAAGGAGUGGAAAAGGAUGAGGAGAAAGAGAAGGAGAAAGAAGAGGAUGAGGAGGAUGAGCAGAAUAUCAACAAUAGAACAUUGGAAACAUCUCCGACUACGCCGCCUGCAUCAUCAUCAUCAUCAUCAUUGUCAGCAGCAGUAGUAGAAUCACAUAAUUUAUUAAAAAGAUCUAGCUCUCCAAAAAAGAAAAGAUUCAGCUCUAUGUUACUUGAUAAUGAAGUUGACAAGUCUGAAACAACGUUGGACCCCGAAAAGGGGCGUUAG